ACUAAAAUCAAAAGCGACAUUCAAUCAAAGCAACAAAAGCGACAUUCGGCUGAAAAUCCAAACACAUCCUUAGCUGUUUGCGUUGAUGUCUGAAUCAGCCGUUGCUAUGCAUAGAUUGUAUACAAAGAUUGACUCAGUGUAAUUGUGUGCGCGCGCCAUUUGGUGCUUAUUUGGGGAGAUGAUGAACUGGACGACAGUUUUCAAGUCUUUUCAAGUGGCGAUAGCUCAUGGCUUGCUUUUCUCCUUCUCUAUCAUUCUCUCUCUCAAGCUCGAUCAUGCUGUCAACUACUCUUGGUGGUUGGUUUUUUCUCCUAUCUGGUUAUUUCAUGCAGUCGUAGCAAGAGGAAGAUUCUCUUUACCUGCCCCUUCUAUGCCUCAUGGCCGACAUUGGGCGCCUUUUCAUGCCAUUGUGGCGGCUCCGUUGCUUAUUGCUUUUGAACUUCUCCUCUGUGUACAUCUUGAGAAAAGAUAUGCUGUAAAUUUGAAGAUUGUGUUUCUGCCUCUGCUAGCUCUAGAGGCUGCAAUUUUGGUUGAUAACAUUAGGAUGUGUCGGGCCCUUAUGCCUGCAGAUGACGAUGUCGAUAGUAUGAGUGAUGAAGCUGUUUGGGAGACUCUCCCACACUUUUGGAUUUCCAUCUCAAUGGUCUUCUUCAUUGCUGCGACAACAUUUACGCUUCUGAAACUAUGUGGUAAUGUAGUUGGUCUUGGUUGGUGGGAUCUGUUCAUAAAUUAUGGGGUUGCAGAGUGCUUCGCAUUCCUUAUUUGUACUAAGUGGUAUAAUCCUUCGAUUCAUAGACGUUCACAUCUUACAGCAGCAGCAGCAGCAGCAGCAUCGUCAUCAAAUAUCAGAUCUUUUACCUGGAAUAACGGUGUAUUAGUACCACCCGAUGAAGACAAUCAUGAAAACAGAAUGUGCAGUUUGCAAGACAUUGGUGGGCAUAUCAUGAAAAUUCCAUUGAUUGGUUUCCAAGUAAUGCUCUUCAUGUACUUGGAGGGAACCCCCCCUGCUGUUAGAAGUAUCCCGAUUCCGCUUUUGUUUUCUCCUCUUCUGUUGCUGCAAGGAGUUGGAUUUUUGUUCGCCAUAUAUAGAUUCUUUGAGAAAAUCUCCAUCUUACUUAAUGAUGAAGCUGAAACUGGAAGCAGCUUUAGAUUACCUGCUAGUGCUUAUGACUAUAUGGGGUUUCUGCGCCGUGGAUCAAGGUUCCUGGGAUGGUGGUCAAUUGAUGAAGGAAGCCGUGAAGAGCAAGCUCGAUUAUAUUCUUCAUGGGCUUCAGGGUACAAUACGUUCUCUCCUGAUACUGUCAAGAAGAUGCCGAAGUCUGAACUUGCUAAGGAGAUAGGGACGCUUCAAUCAGCACUCAUUUCACAAACAGAAAUCACAAAUAUCAGCCAGGAAGAAUUUGACAGACUUUUAAAUGAAAAAAUCCUUUGUCGAGUUUGCUUUGAUGAGCAAAUAAACGUAGUCCUACUCCCUUGCAGGCAUUAUGCUCUUUGCAGCACCUGCUGUGAGAAGUGCAAGAGAUGCCCUAUCUGCCGCGUAUAUAUUGAUGAGCGGCUACUUGUACAUGACGAUGUAUAGCUAGUUACACCACGGGCCUAGCCAGGUAAAGCCUAAAUUCCUGUGAAAUCACAUUGGUUUGAAGGUGACUGAUAAUUUAUAAAGUCAUUCACCAUCACAAAAAAUACAAAACCGUUUGAUUCUGUGAAUAGUUUCGCAUAACUUCGAAUCAUUUUGUUUGUGUUCAAAGUGCUGAUUUAUUUGUUCUUCUUCGGCUCCUGAAUAUGUUUGUUUUCGAGCUGAAUGAUGUGUAGUAAAUGAAUACGAUGUAAAAUGGGGUCGUUGAUUUGAAGCUUCUUGAAUGUAUAUUUAAGCGUACUAAUCUUGAAUCGCAUCUUCUCCUGUAGUAGCCCUUCUAAAAAUGUGUUGUCGAAAUCGAAGAGAACUGGUUCAAGUACAUGAACCUGGAGAGAGUGUUACAGAUCACUAAGGUUGUCUUCGACCAUGAGAGAGGUAGAGAAGGGGGCAGCUGGGCCUAUGAAGAAAACUAAUUUUGGGUUGAGGGGGACGUGGCAUAUUUAGGUCUACCUGAACUAGAUAGGAGGCUUUGAAAUCUUGGUUCUAGAACAUGAAAAUGGGCCAUCUUUGUGUCUCAAAACUAGAGCUGCCCACUUUUUUGUUGCAUUUUCGACAUCGAGGAUCUCCACAACCUUGGCAUUUAACACAGGUGGUCAAAUUGUGUACAAAAUUAUCUAAUUUCAAUUGUUUAUGACAACAUAUGUUGAACAUUAUAAUUUAUGUAGGUGUACUCUUUUUUUUAUAUGUGAAAUGGAGUUAUCGAGCA